AUGACAAGCAACUCUAAUCAAUACGCGUACUACUCCUUUCCUCCUACACCCACUAGAUCACCACUCUCACGACGACGUUACGCAUCUUCACGAUCUUCACGAAGCUCUACUCCAUUUACACCACAGGAAUCUAACACAAUGGCUCCAUCUCCAGCAGCCGGCAAGCAGCAGACUGCCGCUCCCAAGACCCCAACCAAGUUGACGAGACGACCGGGACAGACUCCACAGAAAUCUGCACAGCCAGCAUCAGGCAACAAACCAGCACUUUCAACCCCUAAAGCUUCGCAGGCAACGAAGCCAGAAUCAGAUUCACCCCAGUCAAAGCGACAACUAGGACAGAAGGCGCAGCAAGCGCAAAGCCAGACAGAGGAAGCUGGCGACAAUGCCGAGGACCAGGCUCAGCAGGCGCAAAGCAGCGUUGAGAUGAGAGACGACGAUGACGACGAUGACGACGGCCCCAUGAGCAAAGUCACCCAGGCUGGCCAGAAGGGCAAGGAAGGUCUUGAGCAAGCACAGCCAGAGCCUAUCGAUGACGACGAAGAUGACGCCGUCGAGGGCGCUCAGGAAUCUGGCAAGGACUUUGGAGAGCAAGCCCAGCAGACUGCAGAGGAUGCUGGCGACGAGGCCGAAGACACGGCCGACGAUGCGACAGAGAAGGCAGGCGACACUGUCCAAUCUGCCGAUGACGACGAGCAGGACGAUGACGAGCAGGAGCCUGAGCAACCCGCGCAGCAGCAAGGCAAGGGUGCGAAGGAGACUGCGAAGAACGCUGCUGGCAAGGCUUCAAACCUUGCCGGCAAAGCCACUCAGGACCCAUCUGGCGCCACCAAAGAUGCCAAGAAGGAUGCUGAGGAGACCGCCGACGAUGCGAAAGACACCGCCGAGGAGGGUGUCGACGAAGGCAAGAAGGUUGCCGGCGAGACGACCGACGAAGCUGGUGAUGCUGCCGAGGGCGCACAAGACCGGGCUGAGGAGGCCACUGCCGACGCAAAGGACCAAGCAGACGAUGUAGCCGAGGAUGCCAACGACCAAGCUGAGCAGACUGCCGAUGGCGCAAAGGAGCAGGCCAAAAGCGCGACCGACCAAGCUCAAGAUGCUGCCAAUAGUGCGAAGGACCAGGCUGAGGAGACUGCUGAUGACGCCAAAGACACAGCUGAAAAUGCCACUGGUCAAGAUCUGCCAGACACCAACGGCAUUCAGGUACCAGAAGGCCUUCCAGUUGACCUGUCAAAGCUGAAGGGUCUCGAGGUGCAGGACGAUGGCCAAAUCCUUGACAAAGAAGGAAACCCGAUUGGCAGACUUGCAGAGGGUGACGCCGAAGACCUCGCAGGAUAUCCCAUUGGCGACGAUGGCGAGAUUCUCGAUGACGACGGCGACCUCGUUGGUCGUGUCGAGCUUCUCCCAGACGAGAUCAAGAAGCAGCUGCAAGAAGCACAAGACAAAGGCGAAGAGCUUCCAGAGGGUGCUCAAGACUUCCUCAGCCAGUUCGAGGGUCAAGCUCAGGAUGCUGCUGAUGACGCCGAGGAGCAAGUCGACGAAUACGCCAACCUGCCAGCGCUUUCCAUCAUGGAAGGCCUCACCUGCCAGGUUGACGGCCUGAUCUACGACUCCGAGGGUAACACAAUCGGCCGAGUGGUUGAUGGUGACCCACAAGAGCUCCAGAAUGCCACCCUCAAUGACCAGGGCGAGUUCAUCGACCAAAAUGGGAACGUCGUUGGGUACGCCGAGAUCCACGACGAUGCUGAGCAGCUUGUCGAGGAAGGAGUUUACGAGCCACGCCAGCAAACUCAACAGGCUACCGAGGACGCCGAAGAGCAAGUCAACGGUGUGGAGGAUGGCGUCGAAGAGGGUGCCGCGGACGCUGCGGAUGCUGCCGAAGACACUCAGCCGGAGGAGAUCGAGGACCAGCUUCCUGGUAUCGAGGCUCUCCAAGGCAAGGAGCUCAACGAGGCUGGCGAUAUCCUCGACGAAGAGGGCAACGUCCUUGGAGGUGUCGAAGACAGCAGCCUCCGCGAGAAGAUUGCACAUGGCGAAGUCGACCCCAACACCCUCGAGAUCAACGAGGAGGGUCAGAUCCUGGAUGAGGAUGGAAACGUCCUCGGCAAGACUGAGCUUGCUGAAGGCGCUGCCGAGAAGCUCGGUGGCGUUAAGACACUUCUCGACUUCCGCAUUCUUGACGGCCGCCGUGUCAACAAGAAGGGCAAGAUCCUUGACGACGACGGUGAGGAGAUUGGAGAGCUCACUGAUGGUGAUCUUCAAGCUUGUGCUGGCGGCAAAGCCAACGACAAGGGCGAGGUCUACAGCAAGAAGGGCGACCUUGUCGGCCACGUCCGUGUCGUACCAGGUGAAGCCGCCGAGACUGCCACCAAGGAACUGCUCGAGGAACUCGGCGAACUUCCUGAGCAACAGGAAGAGGGCGACGAGGACCAAGAAGCAGGCGAAGAUCAGGCCGAAGAUGAGGGCGAAGAGGAAGGCGAGGCUGAGGAAGACGAACCUCAGUACGAAGAGCCAGAGCUCUCCAUCCUCGACGGCCUCAAGGUCAACAAGAAGGGCCAAGUCCUGAACGAAGACGGCGAGCCGAUUGGUGAGCUCACUGCCGGAGAGCUUUCCCAGUGCGCCGGCAAGAAGAUCAACUCCACCGGCGAAGUCCUCGACAAGGACGGCAAUGUCAUCGGCCACGUCCGCACUCUUCCACAAGAGGUCCAGCAAGAAGAACCAGCUAUUUCGAUCCUGGAUGGCCUCAAGGUCAACAAGAAGGGUCAAGUCCUCAACGAGGAUGGCGAGCCCAUUGGCGAACUCACCAGCGGCGACCUUUCGCAAUGUGCCGGCAAGAAGAUCAACAACCAGGGCGAUGUCCUCGACGACUCCGGCAACGUCAUUGGCUCCGUGCGCACCCUCCCACCCGAGAACCAAGAAGAGGAUGAAGAGCAAGGUGAAGAGCAAGCCGAUGAGGCACAAGAUGGCGAGGGCGAGGAAGAGGAAGAGGGUGACCAGCUUCCACCUCUCUCAACCCUCGAAGGGUUGACCGUGAACAAGCAAGGCAAGCUCAUCAACGAUGAGGGCGCCAUUGUCGGUGAACUCGUCGAGGGUGAUGCGAAGAAGCUGUCCAAGGCUGGCACCACUGCCGACUCGGAGGGUCAGUUCUGGGACAACAAGGGCCACGUCAUUGGUCGUGCGAAGACUUUGCCACAGGAAGAUCCUGAGGAAGAGGCGCCAUUCGCUGGUCUUGAAGGCCUACACGUUGUCGAAGAUGGCUGGGUUCAAGACGAAGAGGGUAACACUGUCGGCUACCUCACCGAGGGUGACCCAGUCAAGCUUCUUGGUCGCACUGUCGAUGAGGAUGGCGACGUCCUUGACAAGAAGGGCUCUGUCGUUGGUCAUGCCGAUCGUUACAUCCCAGAAGAAGAGGAGCAGCAGGAAGAACAACCUGCCGAUCUUUCUGGUCUCAAGGGCAAGACUGUAACCAAGGCUGGUCUCGUCAUUGGCGACGAAGGUAUCCCAGUCGCUCGCCUGGUCGAAGGCCAAGCCAAGGAGUUGGCUGGCCGUCAACUCGACGACCAAGGCCAGUUCUGGAACGACCAAGGAAAGGUCAUUGGCCGUGUUGAACUCAUUCCUGAUGAAGAACGCGAGGCCAAGCCUGAGGGUCCCUUCGCUGGUCUCGAUGACCUAAGAGUCAUUGAGGGUGGCAAGAUUGCUGAUGAAGACGGAAACGUCGUCGGAGAAAUCACCGAGGGCAACCCGAAGCGUCUCGUUGGUCUGUCUGUCGAUGAAGAUGGCGAUAUCGUUGACAAGUACGGCAAUGUCAAGGGUCAUGCUGAGCCACUUCCCGAGGAAGAGCCAAUGGACUACACCAUCCUCGAUGGAAUGACCUUGAACAAGGCAGGAUUUGUUGUUGACGAGAACGGUGUGCCAUACGGCAAGAUCGUCCAAGGCAACCCCAACGAUCUGGCUGGCCGCAAGGCCGACGAGAACGGCUACAUCUACAACGAUACCGGGAAGGUUGUUGGCCGUUGCGAGCCACUUCCAGAAGCGGAGCGCGUACAGAAGACCGGUGGCGCUUUCCAAGGCCUUGAAGGCUUGCACGUGAUCGAGGGUGGCAAGGUCGCUGAUGCAAAUGACAACGUUGUUGGUCAGAUCGCCGAGGGUGACCCAAAGAAGCUCCUCGGUAUGCGUGUCGACGAGGACGGUGACAUUCUUGACAAGUUCGGAAACGUCAAGGGCCACGCAGAGCCUCUUCCAGAUGAGGAAGAGGUCGACUACUCCAUCUUGGACGGUCUCACCCUCAACAAGCAAGGCCUCGCGGUCGAUGCAAAUGGUGUACCAUUCGGUCGUCUCGUCGAGGGCAAUGCCAAUGAGCUCGCAGGAAGACAGUGCGACGAGCAAGGUUACCUGUACAAUGAUCGUGGCAAGCCAGUCGGUCGCUGUGAGCCAAUCCCAGAAGAGGAGCGUGUCGCCAAGCCAGAAGGCCCAUUUGCCGGACUCGAGGGUCUUCACGUUGUCAAGGAAGGUAAGGUGGAAGAUGAGAAUGGCAAUAUCGUUGGUGAGAUCACUGAAGGUGACGCCAAACGCCUGGUCGGCAUGAAGGUCGAUGAGGACGGUGAUAUUAUCGACAAGUUCGGAAACACCAAGGGUCAUGCUGAGCCACUCGAGGAAGAGGAAGAGCAGCCACUCGACAACAGCGCUCUUGAGGGCAAGUACCUCAACAAGCAGGGCUAUGUGGUCGACGAGAAGGGUAUUCCUUUCGGACGUCUUGUCGAAGGCAACGCUACCGAGCUUGCCGGCCGCAAGUGCGACGAGAAUGGAUACAUCUACGGCGAUACCGGCAAGGUUGUGGGUCGCUGCGAGAUCCUGCCAGAGAACGAGCGUGUUGCACGCGCCGAAGGACCAUUCGCUGGUCUUACCGGACUUCGUGUGGUCAAGGACGGUUACGUCGAGGACGAAGACCGCAACCGGGUUGGCUACAUCACGGAAGGCGAUGUCAAGAGACUUGUCGGUCUUCAUGUUGAUGAGGAUGGUGACAUCAUCGACAAGUACGGCAACGUGAAGGGACAUGCAGAGCCUUACGAUGAGCCUGUGGAAGAGGAGAAGGACCUCUCAAGACUCAACGGCACCACUGUCAACAAAGCCGGAUAUGCUGUCGAUGGCAGCGGACAGGUCAUUGGCCGUGUCGUCGAAGGUGACCCGAACAUCAUGAUCGGCAAGAAGGUCGAUGGUCAAGGUCAGAUCUGGGAUGACUCUGGCAAUGUUAUCGGUCGCUGCGAGACCGUUACUGGUGUUCAGAGUGAAGAAGGUCCGUUCGCUGGCUUCGAGGGACUGCAGAUCAACAAGGACGGCACUGUCACCACCCAAGCAGGUGAAAUUGUUGGUCGUGUUGUGGAGGGCGACAUCAAGAAGUUGCUUGGCCACACUGUUGAUGAGGAUGGAGACAUCACCGACAAGAACGGCAACACCAUUGGUAAGGCCGAGCGAUGGGAGCCUGAGGAGAAGGAGCGUCGUGUCAACCCAAUGUCUGGCAAGCGUGUCAACAAGGAGGGUGAGGUCCGCGACGAGAACGGAGACCUCCUCGGCAAGCUCACCAUGGGCGACCUUGGCCACUGUGUUGGUCAGGAGAUCGACGACGCCGGCAAUGUCGUCGAUGUCGAGGGAAACAAGAUCGGUGAGGUCACACUCAUCGAGAACAUCGCCGAGGAUGAGUACGAAGGCCCAACCGAAGAGGAGCUCGAGGAAGCUCGCAAGCGCGAAGAGGAGAGGGAGAUUGCUGAGAAAAUGUCUACCAUCUGCUCUCAGACUCUCGAGCGCAUGCAGCCCAUCUGCAAGCAGAUCAAGGAAUACAUGGAGAAGGCCGACUCCACGCCCAAGGAAGAGCUUGACGAGGAAGAGCUCGUCAACAACGUCAAGCCUCUCAUCGAGGAGGGCGGUCGCAUCCUCCAAGAGUGCAACGGCUCCCUUCGUGGUCUCGACCCAGACGGCAAGAUCGCCGCUCAGGCAAAGGGUCGUGCUGGCACUGGCGAAGCCACUCCAGAAGAGUACCGCCUCGCCGAGACCCUCAAGGAGCUCACCACGACCGUCGUCACCACAAUCGAUGACGCAAAGAAGAAGCUCAACAACAUGCCUCACGCCAAGAAGAAGCUGAACCCACUCUGGGGCCUGAUGACCCAGCCCCUCUUCCAGAUCCUCGCCGCCGUCGGUCUCCUUCUCGCCGGUGUGCUCGGUCUGGUCGGGCAACUCCUCAACGGUCUCGGUCUGGGAGGUCUCGUCAACGGCCUCCUCGGCGGUCUCGGCAUCAACAAGCUUCUCGCCUCUUUCGGUCUCAUGGACGACAAGAAGAAGGGCGGCGACAAGAAGGGUGGCAACAAGCUGCAGUCGCUCCCCAUCGUUGGUGGCCUCUUCGGCGGCAGUAAGUAA